AUGCAAAAUUUCAGGACUCGAAUUCAAAAAACUGUUGUUGAUAAUUGUGAUUUUACGUAUGCACCAACAGGUCCUGGAAAAAAUAAGAAAAAUAAAAGUGGCGAUGAAGGAUUAGCAUAUAAAGCACAACUUCACCACUAUCAACAAACCAAGCAAAAAAUAAUUUCUGGUGAAGAUGGUACAGUAACAAUACCAGAUGUUGAUGAGGAAAGUGAUGCAUCCGAUGAUGACAAUAAUUUUUCGGUUUACGAAUGUCCAGGUUUAGCACCUACUGGUGAUAUCGAAGUACAAAAUCCAAAUUUCAUCUCCAAACCUUAA